UCCCGCGCUGGAGAUCUCCGUGCAGUCUCCGCCUGUCCACGCCGAACGCGCUUUGUUUCUUGCGACAAACGCCAUAAAAUGGAACAGAUAUAUAGAAUCGUCUAGCUUUUGCAAACUCCAGCCAAACAACUUUUUGACAAUCCUCCUCGUUCUUCUUCAUCUGUAACCAUGGAGACGGUGGUGAUCGUGGCCAUAGGUGUACUCGCCACCAUCUUCUUGGCAUCAAUUGUGGCGCUGGUGGUUGUGUGUCGUCAUCGUUACUGCCACCCUCCGGACUUUCUGCAUCAGUUUGAUUCCAAGCCUACAGUUGAUCUGAUCGGCGCGAUGGAGACUCAGAGUGAACCAUCAGAGCUGGAGCUGGAUGAUGUUGUCAUCACUAAUCCUCAUAUUGAGGCCAUGCUGGAGAACGAAGACUGGAUCGAAGAUGCCUCUGGUCUUGUGUCUCAUUGCAUUGCGAUUCUGAAGAUAUGCCACACUCUCACGGAAAAGCUAGUUGCCAUGACAAUGGGCUCUGGAGCAAAGGUCAAAGCACCUGCCAGCUUGAAUGACAUCAUCACCGUGGCCAAACGCAUCAGUCCAAGGGUGGACGACGUGGUUCGAUCUAUGUACCCUCCACUGGACCCCAUUCUUCUGGAUGCCAGGGCCACAGCAUUACUACUGUCGGUCAGUCACUUGGUACUGGUGACACGAAACGCCUGUCACAUGUCUGGCAGCCUGGACUGGAUCGACCAAUCACUGCAUGCGGCCGAGGAUCACAUGGUCGUGUUGAGAGAGGCGGCUUUAGCAUCUGAACCAGAGAGAGGUUUGCCAGAGAGAGAGCAGUCAAUCUGAGUCACUCACAAGACUGUGGCAGACAUAUAGAGUACACACAUUAUUCAAGAACGUGCAUGAAUGCACCUGUAAAGAAUACGACAGUUUAGUGGACAAUACCUCAGCACAUCCAUGAUAUGAAAGGCAUCUUAGCUUAGCCUUGCUUUCAAUCUUUCACUGUAUCUAAUUUUUAUCUCUGUUACAUUCCAGUUUAUUUGGUGGUCAUGCUGUCUAAUAUUUCCUCACGCUGGAUUUAUAUGUAGAUGCUAGAGCCAAAAAGUGUCUGAGACAAUAAAAAACAUGAAUGUAUAAACCAAUUCCCAAAAAUGCUAAUUGUUAUCACUAAGUUUGUUAGCUAAACCAUAUAUAAACAAAACAAGGUCUGUCUUUUUUUUGUUGUUUCUCAUAUUUGAGUCUACAUAUAGUAAUGUUUUAAUACAAUACAUACAAUGUUUUCAUACAUUAUUUACAUAUUUUCAUUAUUAGCAUCAAGUUCUAUCAAAUUUUAAGAUCUUUUGGCUUUUAUUUAGCUUUAAAAAUACACAAAAAAUUAAGCAGCAGAAAUAAUGGUUCAUUUUCUUUUUUUCCAGUUCAGUCUCCUUCGCAUAUCAGUUUAUAAAUAGUCAAUUCACAAAUUGA